UCAUGGACGAGGCAUCGGCCAUUGUUGGACUAGAAGAUAAACUACGAAAGCAAGCGGAACUAGUACUCAACAGCAAUAAAUUGCAUUUUCUCGUUUCAGUAUUAGGAGUGGCAGGUUCUGGCAAAACAGCUCUUGUGAGGACUUUUCAUAACAGCAUCGCAAGUAAGCAGCACUUUGAAUGUCGGGCAUGGAUCAGUGUUCCUCAAGAUUUUGAAGAGAGAUAUAUAUUGCUUGACUUAUUUAGAUAGCUCAGAAAGGGCAAGGAGAACCGGAGCUUAUCUACUGAGCAACUACGAAAGGGGCUUAGACAUUUCUUGACCUGGAAAAGAUAUUUGAUAGUUUUGGAUGAUGUUCGGACACCUGACAAUUGGAAUACACUCAAUCUUGUCUUCCCCGAUUCAGCAAAUGGCAGUAGAGUGAUACUCACUAUUAGUGAGGCUUAUCUAGUGUCGUUCUCUCACUACGCCCAUUAAAGAGGGAAGAAACUUGGAAGUUAUUCACAGAAAAGGUUAAAGAAAGUUGGAAGUUAUUCACAGAAGAGGUAAAAACAAGUAGAAAGGAUAUACCGGAUAUUUCUCUAUUUCUCAGCGAUAUACCGGACGAUUUGGAGGAAAAAAUCUUACAAAUAUGUCGUGGCAUUCCUCGCACAAUAGGUGUGCUUGGAGGUUUGUUGUCUUCCAAAAUCAAGGGGCAAAACCAUACUGAAUGUUCAAUGUGAUCAAUCAAACCAAUAAAAGAGGAGAAAAGAAAAAAGGGGUGACUGAUAAAGAUGUGGACCUAGUGCCUUCCUUAUUAGAUCGUAUGCAUGAAAAGAAUGAAGUGAUAAUGGUAAAUCAGCUGGGCUCUUCAACUGGCAAGGAGAAUUCUCUUGAAGAUCAACCAAGUUAUUUGGUUCAAGAGGCUACUUCAGAUGACAAGAAAAAAUUGACAGAGUAUACCACUACUAUGGAAGAUCAACUAACCUCUCAAAAUCGGUCGGCUUUUUUACCCACCGAGCAGAAAGAACAGAGCAAAGUGGUGACCGAUAAUGCAACUUCUGGUGACGAUCAAUCAACUUCCUCUGAUGAAUUGACUUCUCCAGAUGAAAGGUCUUUGUCUAGUACCCUGGCUGUGACCUACAAGCACUUGUCGUUCCCGUUGAAGUGUUGUCUUCUUUAUUUGGGUCUAUUUCCUAGAUUAUAUGAGAUCCCUAUAAGGAGGUUACUUCAGUUAUGGCUCGCUGAAGGACAGGUGACACAGCCAACGGGUGAAACGAAACCUCCAAAACCUCUUGAGGAGUUGGCGAAGGAUUGCUUUGAAGAGCUAUUAGGGACAAGGAUGAUUGAGAAAUCAGAAGUGAGGUUAGAUGGAAGCACUAAAACAUGUUGCGUGACAAAUGCAUUAUAUGAUACUCUGCUUCUAAAUGCAGAGAAAGUUGGGUUUUUUCACAUCCACCGCAGUUCAGGUACAUCCCAAUCACCAAGGCUUGCAGAACACUUGGAUAUGUACAUCCACACCAAAUCUUCAGAAAUCAGCAUUAAGCAUCUGCGUUCUUACAUUCCAUUCUACAAGAAAAAAGGAGAUGCACCGACAUCUGGCGUAAGUGAACUCCUUAAAACAAUUGUUAAGGGGGGCUUUGAGUCGCUUGUAGUGCUUGAUCUGGAAGGUGUAUAUAAACCGGUGCUUUCUGAAAUGGUAGGCAAAUUACGUCAGCUGAAAUACUUAGGCUUAAGACGGACUCUUUUGGAUUCAGUUCCAGAAUCGGUUGGUGGUCUCCCUGACCUAGAGACCUUGGACAUAAAGCAGACAUAUGUAGUCACUUUACCGAGUACCAUUUGGGAGGCAAAGAAGCUUCGACAUCUACAUAUGAGUGAGAUUUAUUUUGAUGUUAAGAAAUCUACUCGUGGAUCGUUAAAAAGUCAUCAGACUUUGUGGGGGUUGAUAAUCAGAAGAAAGCUUCGUGAGACGGAUUGGUUGGUCAAUUUGACUGGUCUUAGGAAAUUGAAAUUAACGUGCCUUGAACCAUCGAUGGAGGAUAUAGCUGACUGGCUUACUGAAUUGUCCAAUCUCCAGGCCUUGAAGUUAAGGUCAAUAAGUGACUCCAAUGAGCCUGCACGACUUGCAAUAAAGGCGAUGAGGAACCUGACAAACCUAUCGCGAUUAUAUUUGCUGGGAGAGCUUCCAAACACAUUCAAGGUUAGUGAUCUUCCUGAAAAUCUUGAAGUCCUCACUUUGUCAGUUUCACAUCAAUCGGAAGAUCCAAUGGAAGCUCUUGGGAAGCUGGGGAAGCUUGAGGUCUUGAAACUUUAUGCUCAUUCGUUUAAGGGGCAAAACAUGACCUGUCAUCGGGAUGGAUUUCCUCAGCUCCAGGUAUUGAAAUUGUGGAUGCUCAAGGAAUUGCAGAGCUGGACUGUGAAGGACAAAGCCAUGCCAAUUUUAAAAGAAAUAGAGAUUAGGUGCUGCAAAAACCUUGAGAAGGUUGAUGGUUUGAAGAACUUAACCUCGUUGAAGGAAUUGACCUUAACGAAUAUGAAAUCAUCUUUUAUAGAAUAUGCUCGAGAAAAAGUAGGCGACAAAGUCAUCGAAAACGAUUGGAAAUUUCCUCCCCCAUGGGACACCCGAGCAAGAGCCGAAAGCUGAAUCUGAUGCAAAAUAUGGUACGGAAUCCACACUUAUUACAAGCGGUGAAUCCUGGAUGAUAGGUGGUUUUCCUUUAUAAUCGGUUUAAUGGAUUUUUUGAGUCCUUUAGACCACGUACCUAUAUAUGUUUUCCUUCCUCCCUCUUUGCUUUGAACACAUAAUAUUAUUUAUCCAAAUAAAUACAUCUCUCACAUAUUUCUGUUAAUGCCGUGACAAGCCGUAGAGACCAUGACUUCAUCAACAGUCUCCUGUCAUUUUGUGUUAUGUACUGUUUUAUCAAUGUGCAAGUUGUGUUGACAGUGUCAGAGCCUGCAACCAAUGCAUGGAAAGACUUUAUUUCUGCUCUCUGCGUGUAGAUAGUGAGCGAGGCAGAGUGAGUAAUGUUUCUGCAGAUUUAAGCUUUAGUUUAUGUUGUAUUUUAAAAGAGUCGUAAUGUAUUUGUAUU